GGGGAAAAGAAAGACAUGGCGAAACCAAAGGAAUUUCAACUUCAAUAUUAACCAUCGAAAUACUUGAAGAAAGAAAAAGGGGAAACUGCUAAGAACGAAGGAAGCAAUGAAAACGGUAUCAGCUAAGCUAAAACACGUUAGAACUUCACUUUCUUCAUUAUCACGUCCUUAUUCUCCAACUCCUCUAGCCUUCCAUGCUAAACCCAGAAACCCAUCUUCAUCGUCUCUUCUAAACGAAUUCGUAAACUUCUGUUACCAAAGGGACCUUCCAAGGGCAUUGAAAGCCAUGGCCGCCAUGGAAAGGCACGGCAUUUAUGCUGACUCGAUCACCUACUCCGAAUUGAUCAAGUGCUGCUUAGCUCGCAACGCUGUAGAACAAGGGAGACUCGUUCACAAGCACGUUUCCUCAAUUGGGUACCAACCGAAAACGUUUAUUCUCAACAUUUUGAUUAGUAUGUAUGUGAAGUUUAAGUUGUUACAUGAAGCGCGGGCUGUGUUCGACGAAAUGCCUGAGAGAAAUGUUGUUUCUUGGACGACGAUGAUAUCUGCUUAUGCUAAUGCCGGGAUAAGUGAAAAGGCGUUGGAGUUCUUUGUUUUAAUGCUUAGAGAAGGCGUGUUGCCUAAUAUGUUUACUUUCUCUUCGGUUUUGAGAGCCUGUAAUGGGAUAUACAAUCUUAGGCAGAUUCAUUGUGGUAUAAUAAAGGUGGGGUUAGAAUCUGAUGUUUUUGUUAGGAGUGCUCUUAUUGAUGUUUAUUCGAAAUUGGAUGAGUUAAGAGAUGCGAUUUGCGUUUUCAAUGAAAUGGAAACUAAGGACCUGGUUGUUUGGAAUUCGAUUAUCGGAGGGUUGGCGCAGAAUAGCGAUGGCGAUGAAGCUUUGAAUCAGUUCAAGAGGAUGAAAAGAGCCGGAUUUACGGCCGAUCAAGCGACAUUAACGAGUGUUCUGAGAGCCUGUACCAGUUUAGCUCUUUUAGAAGUAGGGAGGCAAGUCCAUGUUCAUGUGUUGAAGUUUGAUGUGGAUUUGAUUCUCAACAAUGCACUUUUGGAUAUGUAUUGCAAGAGUGGUAGUCUGGAGGAUGCCGAGUCGCUUUUCAAGCGAAUGGUUCAUAAGGAUGUGAUUUCAUGGAGUACGAUGAUUGCAGGGUUAGCUCAAAAUGGUUUUAGCCAAGAAGCAUUGAAGCUCUUUGAUUUAAUGAAAGCUUCAGGUAUGAAACCGAAUUAUAUCACUAUGGUUGGGGUUCUUUUUGCUUGUAGCCAUGCCGGUCUUGUGGAUGAUGGGAUGUUUUAUUUCCGAUCGAUGAAGAGACUUUACGGGAUUGAUCCCGGAAGGGAACACUAUGGUUGUAUUAUUGAUCUUCUUGGAAGGGCUGGUAAACUUGACGAAGCAGUGAAUUUGGUUCGGGAAAUGGAAUGUGAACCAGAUGCUGUGACAUGGAGAACCUUGCUUGGUGCAUGCAGGGUUCAUCGAAAUGUGGAUCUGGCAAUAUAUGCAGCUAAACAAGUUCUAAAACUCGAUCCUGAAGAUGCAGGGACGUAUGUAUUGUUGUCCAAUAUAUAUGCGAAUUCUCAGAGAUGGGAAGAUGUCACUGAAAUUAGGAGGCAAAUGAGAGAAAAGGGCAUUACAAAGGAUCCUGGCUGCAGUUGGAUUGAAGUGGACAAGCAAAUUCAUGCUUUUAUUUUAGGGGAUACUGCACAUCCAAAGAUCAACAAAAUCAACAGGCGGCUGAAUGAGUUGAUUCACAAGUUAGUAGGAAUCGGUUAUGUUCCAGAUACGAACUUCGUUCUGCAAGAUCUGGAGGGGGAACAAAGAGAUGACUCGCUUUGGUAUCAUAGUGAGAAGUUGGCAAUUGUAUUUGGUUUAAUGAGUUUUUCCAGUGGAAGUGCUAUUAGGAUUAGGAAAAACCUUAGGAUCUGUGGAGAUUGUCAUACCUUCUCAAAGCUUGUUGCAAAGAUGGAGUGUCGACUUAUUGUCAUUAGAGAUCCUGUUCGUUACCACCAUUUCCAGAACGGAGUAUGUUCUUGUGGCGACUAUUGGUAGCAAAGUGAACAGAUGGAUUUUUGACUUAUUGUCAUUAGAGAUCCUAUUCGUUACCACCUUUUCAAGAAUGGAGUAAGUUCUUGUGGCAACUAUCGGUACCAAGUGAUGCCGUAAGGUGACGAGUUCAAAUUUCAUUCAAAGUACAAAUGCAGGUACAAGUUUCCUUUGGAGGAAGACUUGGUCUAACUAUAAGGUUGGUUCAAUGGUAUAGGCUUGGAUGAAAAAGGAAAUCAAAGG